CAGAGUUCGACAGACUUAAAUCUUGAAGGUGUCAAUCGAUCUAUGUCUGUUCAGUCCUGUUAGGAAAAUUACAGUCGAUCCAAAAAUGGGUGACUCUGUAACUUGGAUGGCUCCAUUCAAGGGCUUGUUCAUCCUCUGGCUCUCCUUCCAAUUUGGCAUGUUAGUUUGUGGAGGGAGAAAUAAACUUGACUAUUCAUUCCUUGAAACCUCUCCAAUAGUGACAGGUGCACAACCAGUAGGUGUUUGCUAUGGAAUGCUAGGCAACAAUCUGCCACCCCCAAAUGAAGCUGUGGAUCUCCUCAAGAGAAAUAACAUUCACAGGAUCAGACUUUAUGCUCCAAAUGAUGCUGUCAUCCAGGCUCUGAAAGGCUCCAACAUUGAACUCAUACUGGGUGCCAAUGAAAUUCAACGCCUAGCGUCGGACCCCGGCGCUGCGCGCGACUGGGUGAACCACUAUGUGCUGAACAACAGGGAUGUGAGGUUCAGGUAUAUUGUGGUGGGUAAUGAAGUAAGCAUGAAUGAAUGGCCGUUUGUUCUCCCUGCCAUGAGAAACAUUUACAGUGUAAUCGAGUCAGCUGGGUUACAGAACCAAAUCAAGGUUUCAACUGCGAUUUACUCAGCAGUCCUCACAGAUACCUACCCUCCUUCCAGAUCAGUUUUCAGACCUGAAUAUCUGCAAUUCUUGCAGCCAAUAGUUGGCUUCUUGGCGGAGAAGAGGGCACCACUGCUUGCUAAUCUGUACCCUUACUUCAGCUAUAUCAAUGACCCAACAAACAUUAGGCCUGAGUAUGCCUUGUUCACUGCUCCAUCAGUUACGGUGCAGGAUGGUCAGUUUGGAUACCAGAACCUGUUUGAUGCCCUGGUGGAUUGUGUGUAUGUGGCACUUGAGAAGGUGGGUGGAUCCUCUGUGGAAGUUGUGGUAACCGAAACUGGUUGGCCGAGUGCUGGUGAUUUUGCAUCAAGCACGGAAAAUGCACAGACUUAUUUGAAUCGGCUGGUUCAACAUGUGAACGGAGGGACUCCCAGGAGGCCUGGUAGGCCUAUUGAGGCUUACAUAUUUGCAAUAUUCGAUGAAAAUGCUAAGUAUGGGCCAGAAUCGGAGAGACACUGGGGGAUCUUCUAUCCAAGCAAACAGCCUAAGUACCAACUCGGUUUCACUAAUUCAGAGCCAUAGAUGGCUUUUCCAAGUGGUGUUCUGAUAUUUUUCAAUAAGAGGGAUAGACUUGUAUCCCAUUAUUUAGUGGCCUAUGGGCCAAUAUGGACUUUAUUUUCCUUUCUUUUGAACUAUGUAUAUGUAUGCCAUAUAUAAAGGAUAGUAACCAUAAAAGAUACAUUAAUAAA